AUGAUGAAGGCUUUGCAACUCUCGAAAGAGUUGGAGGCAUCUCUGCCAACUCUUUCAUUGACCAAUACUCCAAUUCCCACCGUCACCCCCGGCCACGCUCUCAUCAAAAUCCAGUAUUCCUGCAUUCAUCCGUCUGAUAGAAUCAACAGUAUCGGCGGAUUCCCUAAAACAAUCUUCCCCCGCAUUCCUGGCCGCGACUAUUCUGGUACAGUGAUCGCUUUGGAUCAGGUCUCAGGUGCCAUGCGCUCCAAAUGGGUCGGGAAAACCAUCUACGGGACUGGUGGUGCCGAGCUUGGCUUCAAGAUUGACGGCCCACACGCGCAAUACUGUCUGAUCCCUGAGCGCAUGCUUAUUGAAAAGCCCAGUACAAUUUCUUCUAUUCAAGCUGCCACCGUUGGGGUUCCUUUUACGACAGCGCUACGGUGCCUUACACGGGCAAGAACUAAGACCGAUGAUGUUGUUCUUGUUUUGGGCGCAAGCGGUGCCGUGGGAUCCUCUGUCGUCCAGGUCGCUAAAGCGAUGGGAUGCAAGCGUAUAUUGACUGCAACUCGCAACGAGGAUGAAGAUCCAGAUGUCUUGUUGGAUGGAAAUAUCGAUGCAGAGCUCCGGAGCAAGAUAUCUUCCCUCACCAGCGGAAAGGGUGUUGAUGUGAUAAUCGACACUGUCGGAAACCUCAGUAUCAUGAAUGCUGCCAUCGAAGCCCUAGCUGUCAAAGGCCGGUAUGCAUGGAUUGCUGCACCGCGAGGAGGCGUUCCCACGAAGCUCAGUCUAGACAUUUUCGAGGCCUAUCGAAAGGAGAUUGAGCUUGUGGGCUGCAACUCUGGGCUUGCUACUAUUGAGGAUACUGCAGAAGAGGUGAAAACUUUGACCCGUUUCUUUGAACACGGUUUAAUGCGACCACGAGACGAAUCUUCAAUGAAUGUUGUCAGCUUAGAUGAUGCCAUUGAGAAGGGGUACAAGGCCUCGCCAAGUGAGAAGCAGACGGUGGUGAAGAUGGCCUAG